ACUCAAUUAUUCAUCAUCAAAAUUGUUGCAUCAGGGACGUCUCAUCCCAGGUCUGGAGCAUUUAAAUGAACCUGCAGUUGUGAAAUCUUCGUCUACAAUUAGACUAAUGAGCACUAGUGUCAUGGAUGUCUCAGCAGUUGAAACAGAGAUUAAAUGAGUCGCGACAGCAGCCAUAUGUCCUGUGCUAAGUAACUGCCAUUGGUGGGUCUCCAGCUAUUGAUGCUGUCCACAUGCAUGUGGUUGUGCUGAAGAAAGUCAGAGCUGAGAGGACAGAGAGAAGAGAAGGAGGAGGUAGAGGGGUGGCUAGUGAACUAGUGGCCACAAAGGAGGGAAGCUGUAGUUAUAUUCUUCUCUGGACCUUCUUCCUGACAGCAGACAGUUGUCUUAUAACAGUAGGUGGCGCAGACAGUGGAUCUUGUCCUGGUAAAGGAAUUACAAAUCUGUGGCAACACUACUGACUGAAUGCAUCGCAAGCCCUCGUAAAUAAAGUGUCACAGUGGUGGUGUCAUUGGUGCACUAAAAAAAUCAUGCUCAUGGACUGGAGGCGACCAAACUGCACUGGAUUAAACACGUGUGAAGAGCAAAGUGUGCAAAAGAAAAAAAGGAAGCACAAUCCCUAAGGAGUGACUCUUGGUGUCGGUGCCAUGGAUCACACAAGCCCAGGCAGCCUCCAUAGCUGAGAGACUGCCCUGAAAAUGGAGGUCUUCUACCCUUGCUGCAUCUCCAGAGGCAAAACUGUCUGGGUGGAAUCUAUCAAACCUUGAGCGCCUGCUUGUAAACAACCGGUCGCCGUCAAAAUGCGAAUGGAGGUUUAAUGAAGGAUGCUCUCUACAAGUCGAACUGGGCACUGACACAAAUGAAGUAUGUAGCAUCAUUCACAGCAUCUAAAACAGAGACUCUGCCAGUAUGGAAGAGCAGACUACUACUGUGAUUCAGAUUUACGUAAAUGGCACUGAGCAGUUCAAUGCUUCGUAUGACUUCAACCUAACCGAUGUGAAAGAAAGCAUAGACACCUAUGAGUUUUACGUAAUCGGCCUGUUUCUCUCCUGCCUGUACACCAUAUUACUGUUCCCCAUUGGCUUUAUUGGGAACAUCCUCAUUUUGGUGGUCAACCUCAACCACAGGGACAAGAUGACCAUCCCUGAUCUGUACUUCGUCAACCUGGCCGUGGCGGACCUUAUUCUGGUGGCGGACUCACUCAUCGAGGUCUUCAAUCUCAAUGAGAAGUACUAUGACUACGCCGUCCUCUGUACCUUCAUGUCACUGUUCCUCCAGGUGAACAUGUACAGCAGCAUCUUCUUCCUGACAUGGAUGAGUUUCGACCGAUACAUAGCUCUCGCUAACUCUAUGAGCAGCAGUCCACUGCGGACCAUGCAGCACGCUAAACUCAGCUGCACCCUCAUUUGGAUGGCCUCCAUCCUGGCGACUCUGCUUCCUUUCACCAUUGUGCAGACACAACACACCGGCGAGGUGCACUUCUGCUUCGCCAAUGUCUUUGAGAUCCAAUGGCUUGAGGUGACGAUCGGAUUUCUGGUGCCCUUCUCCAUCAUCGGCCUGUGCUACUCCCUGAUCGUCCGCACCCUCAUGCGGGCCCAGAAGCACAGGGGACUGUGGCCCCGCCGGCAGAAGGCCCUGCGCAUGAUUGUGGUGGUGGUGCUGGUGUUCUUUAUUUGCUGGCUGCCUGAAAAUGUUUUCAUUAGCAUCCAGCUGCUCCAAGGCACAGCAGACCCAUCGAAACGCAGUGACACCACACUGUGGCAUGACUACCCAUUGACUGGACACAUUGUCAACCUGGCUGCCUUCUCCAACAGCUGCCUAAACCCGAUCAUUUACAGCUUCCUCGGGGAGACUUUCAGGGACAAGCUGCGGCUUUUCAUCAAGAGGAAGGCCAGCUGGUCUGUGGUCUACCGCUUCUGUAAUCACACCCUGGAUUUGCACAUCCCUGUCAGGACCGAGUCCGAAGUGUAGCGCAGCUGUGGCGACCUGCAGUUCCUGAAGUUGUCAUCUGCCUUGCCUCGCUUUCCAGAACUUGAUCAUAAAUUGUCAGAGAGAUCUUUGGGUUAGCUUGACGUCGUGAACACUGCCUAAUUCUUAAAGUCGUCUGAGAAAAACAAGGAUUAUUCAGGGUGAAUCACCUGCUAAUGAAGUGGAUUAUAAAACGCAGAUGCAGAGCUUGGCUUACGGCUACCUUUUACAGAAUAGAACAGCUUGUCACAAUGAAGAUUUUUAUAGGAUGAUAUUCUCUGAGUCCAAUUUAAGGGAACAAAUAAAGUCAUGGAAGCACCUGCAACUCAUUUCCCAUCUGAGUUAUUGUUACAUAUACAUAUCCUUUUCAUAUAUUAAUGCUAUUGACACUGAUACAAUCAACAACUUAGACUGUUCUGCUUCAAGACUGAAUAAAUGCAUAUUUUGUAGGAUUUUUCAUUGAGGACACCUUCACUGGGGCUUGCUAAAAACGUGGGAAUCUUUCGACAUUUUCAAGAGUUU